AUGAAUGAUUCGAUCCUGCGAAUUGCAAGUUUCACGUACCCGCCGUACCAUGUGCUGUAUGAAAGAGAUGGCCACCGAGCUGUCAGCGGGAUGUAUGGCAAGAUUCUCCAAGUGCUCUCAAAGUCCUUGGGCUUCAGUUACAGCAUCACGGACGCAGCGGCAUGGGGCAUAAAAAUCAAUAACACGUGGAAUGGAGCCAUCGGUCUUCUUGACCGCGACGAGGCAGAUUUGGCGCUCUGUGGCACGAUUCCAACAGCUGAAAAGCUAGUUGUUGCGGCUCCCACACCGAUGAUCAAUCCAAUCGAAAUUAUCAUCUUCGCGGGAAGAGAGACUCGUUUCAGCAAAGAUCCCUUUGCGGUGCUCAGACAGCUGCAUUAUGACGUGUGGAUGGCUCUCGCGUUGGGGAUUCUAUUCGUGUCCUCGCUGCUGACCGCGUCUCAAAUCCUCCUCACAAGGACUCCGACUUCUGCGGAAGCCUGUCUCCGGAACAUUUUCCUUCUAUUCGGCGCUACCUGGAACGAAUGCAGCGGCGAACCUCCGAGAUUGAACACCGCUCGAAUGUUCUGGAUAACUUGGAUAUUGGGUAUAAGCGUAAUCUUGAUGAACGCGUAUGCCGGUCAAUUGAAGGGUGCGAUGCUCUUCAAACCUGAAAAACCUCGCCUAAACAAGCUUUGGGAUCUGCACCAGAGGCCUCAUCUGAAAGUCUAUGUGCCUGAGAAUAGUGUCGAGUUCAUCUUGAAGAUAUCGGACAAGAGUUUCGUCCGCCAAUUGUACUCUAGGAUUGUCGAACAACACAAAACGACGAGACCUGCGGCCACCCUAUUCAGUCCGGAUAUUCUAUCAUCAGUUCUGUCGACCAGCGCGGCCGUCAUUGCAAGUCGCCCAGCAUGCGCUCGAGCCGCCGCUGAAAAGUGCAAGACGAGUCCGAUCGGUGAACUUUAUGCCGGUACGGAGAUAGUUUAUUCUUUCAAUGCCGUUUUAUUCCUCAACAGGAAAAUGCAGGACUCCAAACGAGCACUCAUCAAUUUGAGUAUCCGACGGCUGAACGAGGCGGGACUCUUGCUCUCCUGGUUCAGAGAAGUGGCUGGGGCUUGGACGGGAUGCCUUGGGACAGCCGUUCCUGAUGGCCAUCAGCUACAAUCGCUUCAUGUUGCGGAGAUCGAAGGAAUUUGUUACAUCGGUCUCAUUGGACAUUCGCUCGCCUUGAUCGCCUUUGUAGUGGAGAGGAUUGGGAUCCGACGGCGUCCGAUGCUCAUGACGACCGGAAGCAUCAAGAAAAAUUAUGAUUCCUGA